AUGAGGUGGAUCGCUAAGCCAAUCGUCAGUGUGGUGGUGGCGGUAUUAGCGUACCAAAUAACCCUAAGGUACUUGAAAGACACGUAUAAGUCUCAUGACCCUCAAUUUGCCAUAGAAAGAACUUUUCUAGAAUCCUGGAUCGAUUAUAGAUCAAAUGGCUGGGGUUUGGAUGUUUAUGGCCCUAUCUCGAAAAAGGGUAGAAACAUGGGCAAAUCAGGGGAUCCUUUGGGAUGGAUCAUCAUUGACUCAGUUGAUACAAUGAUGUUGAUGCAUAAUAAGACUAAAGAUGAUACUCACAGGAAACGCUUUGCGGAAGAAAUAAAUAUAGCCGAAAGUUGGAUCAAAAACACUUUAGAUUAUAAUGUUGACUCCGAAGUCAACCUUUUCGAAACCACUAUUAGAAUGCUGGGAGGUCUUCUUUCCUCCUACUAUUGCUCAGAAACGUACCAUAUCGGUAAUUCCACGGUGUAUUUAGAAAAAGCGAUCGAUCUUGCUGAUAGGCUAGUGCCUUCAUUCCUUCAGUCUGAGACCGGAAUUCCAUAUUCGAGUAUAAAUUUAGCAUCUGGCAAAGCUAUUAAGAAUCAUGCCGAUAAUGGUGCCUCUUCUACUGCUGAAUUUACGACUUUACAGAUGGAAUUGAAAUAUUUGAGUUACAUCACAGGUAAUACUACUUACUGGAAAUUGUGUGAGAAGGUUUACGAUCCACUAUACAGGAAUAACAAUCUAGUAGGACGCCACUACCAGGGACUAAUCCCUAUCUUCACCAAUCCAGAUACCGGUGUUUUCCAAGGAUCAAUAAUUAGAUUUGGUUCUCGUGGAGACUCGUUUUACGAAUAUCUCUUGAAACAAAAUUUACUUACCGGUGAAGUUCUCUACAGAAAGCUCUACGAUUUUUCGAUGGAUAGUAUGAAGAGGCAUCUACUAGGCGAGAGUAAAGGUCAAUUGCAUCUUAAAUACAUUGGGGAGAAGGAUUAUGGCUUAGCUGGACCAACAUCGUCCAAAUUCGACCAUUUGGUAUGUUUCAUGGGUGGGUUAUUAGCGAUGGGAGCCACGAAUGGUAAACCAUACUCUGAAGCUGCGAAUGGUCCUGACUGGAAUCCUACGAAACAAAAUGACUGGGAACUCGCUGAGGAUUUGACAAAGUCUUGUUAUGAAAUGUAUCACCAAAUCCCAUCAGGAUUGUCACCAGAAAUCGUUGUUUUCAAUAGUAACUACCCUAACGCUGAACCUAACUGGUGGAGAUCUGAGUCCGAAGACUAUUUCGUAAAGCCCUUUGACAAACACAACAUCCAACGCCCAGAAACUGUCGAAUCUCUAAUGUUUUUGUAUCAUUUAUCAGGAAAUGAACAAUAUAGACACUGGGGAUGGGAAAUCUUUAGCAAUUUCAUCAAGCAUACUAAAGUCAUUAAAGUCGCGGCGGAUGGCGAAGAAAAGGUCGCAUACACUUCGUUGCAUAAUGUUAUUUCAUUACCAACAGACAAAGCUGACAAUCUUGAGAGUUUCUGGCUAGCAGAGACUUUGAAAUAUCUUUACCUUUUGUUCGACGAUGAUGUUGAGCUAAGCAAGAUUGUAUUUAAUACUGAGGCCCAUCCAUUCCCUGUAUUUAAUCAAUCAAGACUCAAUGAGUUAAACUUAACCACAGGUUGGAAAUUAUAA